GUCUUUAAUUUCUAGAUUGUUUUAUUCUAAAUCACCUUGUUUUUCGUUUAUGUGAAGUCACUUUUAAAUUAUUACAUAGUAGAGUGUUUGAGAAGUAAAUGCGCUCCUUUUUUAAAAAGAAAUAAAAAUUGUGGAUGACCGCUCUAGAUCUCUCCUAUAUGACCAAUUUGUUAAGAUCAAUCCAAACCGGUUAGUACUAAUUAUACGGUUUAAAGGUCCACAUCUAUCAACUUCUUUGCGUUUUUGAUAAUGUUAUUACAAAAUAAUUGAUUAAGAAAGUUACGGAAAAAUUUGGUAGCUGGUUGUAAAUUUUUAUUUAUUUAUUAUUAAAUGUUAUUUAUGUACUUUUCUGGGUUUGAAUAAGUCACGGUGUGAAACUAAAAUCUGGAAAGCUUUAAACUGGGAGAAAAAGGAACACACCAACCCCAAAAUACAAAAGAGCUUAGCCCAAUAAAAAGCUUUAAACAAAGGGAGAACCGUACGGUACAUGAAAAGCCCAAUAAUUCUCUUGCAAUCCUCACAUGAUCACAUCCAAUUCCAAUGGGUCUGAUCUGAUAUUCAGAUUACGAGAGGGAAAAGAGCCUCCAGGUUUCCCACUUUGCAUGCUAAGUUUUUUUAUCAAGUUUCCUAAUUGUAAAGCAUGAAGAGGCUUAAGAUUCCCACUUUCCAAUUAUAAUUUUUCGAACCUCCAAGUUUCCCAAUUUCCAUCCUAAUUUUUUCUUUCUAAGUUUCCUACUUCAUGGAGUCCCUUAUAAAGCACAUCCCUCCAUCCCAAGCACAUCUUCACUUAAUUUUCUCUCUGAUUAAUUUUCUCGCUGAUUACUCAUGUCAAUGGAGAUUCUACAGUGCAAGAACUGCAGUACUGUUAUCGCCGUAGCGAAUGAUUGCAUUAGGGUGACUAUGAAGGAGAGACAUGGAAUAUUCCUUAAAUGUGUAAACUUGGCUGAGGUGGAGAGGGAAUACCGUGAUCCUUCCUUUAGCAUACUGGCGACAGAUGUGAAAUGCGUUGCGUGCCAAGCUUUCUUGGGAUACAAGAUUCAAAGGGUGGAGGAUCCCGCCAUUGAAUUUCCAAAGGAAGGUCAAUUUGUGAUGUUCCUGCAUCAACUAGAUGCUGCUUUUCAAGUGCAUGCAAACGACGCUGCUCCUCCUUGAAAUUUUGUUACAAGGAAAUUGACAUGGUCAAUCGAGCUUUUCAAUUUGAUCUCAUUUAUAAUUUGAAGUUUUAGAAUAGUAAUCCGCGUUUAUUAGUUUAGUUUGUUAGCUGACCAGACUACUGCAACAAAUAAUAUUCAGGAAUUUUUGGAAUUUACUU